AGGAGUUUUCAUUCUGCUCUAGGAGGAUGCAGAACCCCGGAUCUCUGUCUGGACAGUGUUGAUUGGCCCUGUGCUGAUCAUAUCCACUCUCCCAAGAAAGAAAAAAAAAAUACCUCUAGCAAUACACACCAAGCUGAGCAUGUACAAAGUGACUCCACACGAUAUGUCUUAUUGGAAGAAGGGGAGCAUCAAAGAAGUCAGGAUCAACCAGCCCUUUUACACAAGGCAGAGGAUUAACCCCUUAGGUUCCAUAUUGAAGUAUGCUUUAUUGCAUAUACAGACUGAUUUACUGUUGUGGGUUUAGUAACACUUU